CUCUCUCUCUCUCUCUCUCUCUCUUGACCUGAGGUGACCCACGAAGCACUCAGGCUAAGAGGUCAAGGGUCAGCCUCGGCCAAACACAGUCUAACUCAAUCCCGCGAGACAAGAGAUCGAGAUACGCGUGAAUAUUCCGGUAAGCGGGGAGGGAUUUGCGUGCGUGUGGGAGCGGAGUGGCGGGCGGAGUAUCUGAGUGGCGGAGUGGCACCAGCAGCGGCCAUUCCUCGCUAAAAAUACCCAAGAUAUACAGCAGUCUCACGAGGCACAGGUGGUGAAACAGGUGGCGGUGGUGGUGGUGGAGGAGGAGGGUCAUCUGUGGUUCGCUUGGUGCCUCCGACCUCCGUCAGUGGGCCGACAGACACGAGUGGGGUGGGACGUCGCUUCCUCGAUGCUCCGCGGGUUAUCUCUCGCUGCCUGCCUCCUCCUGCCUGCCUGCCACCCUUCCGCUCUCGCUCGUGCCUCGCCGCGCCGCUGUCCAAGAAUGCUAUCAGUGACAUAAAGAAGCACACUAUCCUUAGCCACACUUGCUCUGCCUCCCGUAGUGACCUAGAGAUAGAAAGGUUUAAAAAGACACUGAAUAACAGAAGGGAUAAAUGUAAAGACUAAAAACUUUUGGCGCGUUUUCGAAUCAGCUGUUUUACGGACGUGCCCAAGUUUGUUCUCCGCGACGCCCUGCUACACACGCCUCCCCCGCCACCCACCGAGCUUACCACUUCUUCCCCUUCUUAAGAUUCUGAACACUUUGCACCAACUUCCCGCCCGCGAGGAUAAAACUGCGAGGCGAGGGUCCGAGGCGGCAGGGCGGGGCGGCGCUGGCAGAUCGGAGUGUGGCGGCGACGGCGACGGCGGAGGCGGCGGAGGCGGCGACGGCAUGGUGGCGUGGCGGACUUGGGUGCUGGCAGCGGUCAUCCUCGCCCAAGGUGGUGACGGCAUUCGGAUCACGCAGGUGCAGGUGCCGCAGACCAUGGAGGUGGGGGGAGGGGGAGCUGUUCUGUGCCUGGGAGGAGGACACAGACAAGAUGUACUCUAUCAAGUGGUACCAAGGGGCGCAGGAGUUCUACAGAUACACGCCCACCUCAAGGGACCCCAUCCAGAUAUUUGAUCCUAUCACGCUGGAUGUGGAUCGCGACAAGUCCUGGGGCGGCACGGUGCGGAUUGCUAAUGUGAGCCUAGAUGCCGAGGGGUCCCUUCCACUGUGAGGUCCUCAGCUGACGGCCCCACCUUUCACACUGCCUCAGACUCCGCCAUGCUUACUGUCGUAGACCUGCCUGACGGUGCCCCAGUCAUCUCGGGAGUAAGAAGCCAGUACCUGCCCGGGGAUUGGGUGGACCUUACCUGCACCUCGGGAAAGUCCAAGCCAGCAGCGAUCCUCAACUUUACCGUCAACACAAAGCCUGCUCCUCUUGGGUGGCUGGAAACACAGAUAGACAAAGAGGAUGAUGACAAACUCUUCACGUCUAAGCUUCGUCUUCGCUUCUCCCUCCUCCCGCGCCUACUGCAGGAGGAAGCGGGAAGCCUGAGGGUCCGCUGCGAAGCCGAAAUUCCUGGGGUUUAUAUGCAAUCUGCACAGAACAUUCUGACCACGAGGCCGCCCUACCAAGCCUCUGUCCUGGGCUCCUCCGCUCCUAACGGCCCCUGCUCCUGUCGCUGCUCCCUGCUCCUUCUGCUGCUACUACUACUGUUACUUCUCCUGCCGUGGCCAUCAACACCACCACCUCCACCACCACUCGUCUGAGACCCUCCCAGCGGCUUCCGUCACACGUCACCUCGCCUCCUUCCCCCUCGUCAGCGUCUCCGUCACGAGGACCCGCUGACGUCGCGCCCUUCCUGUACACUGUAGUAGGGGCUGGGAUCUUCCUUCGUCUGCCACCUCGUCAGGGACACAAACAUCUUGGAACACCUAGGAAAAAUAAUAUCUGGUGUUUUUUUUUUUUCUUUUUCUUUUUUUUUUUUUUACAUGUAGAAUUACUGUAUUUGAUCUCUCUCUCUCUCUCUCUCUCUCUCUCUCUCUCUCUCUCUCUCUCUCUCUCUCUCUCUCUCUCUCUCUCUGCUACGGAAACUGCAUUUUUUUUCUUACAAUCCUCAUUCAUCUCGUUUAUUAUAUCUAUUUACAUUAAUUUAUAUCUAUUUAUCAAUUAUUAAACAUGGUAUACAUAAAAAAGACGAGCAGCCAGUCAGCCAAUCAGCGCCCAGAUGCCACGAUCGUCUGAGCCAAUCAUGUGUCUACCUGUUCCCCGGGGGUCUGCUUAGCCAAUAGCGGAGCAGAUCACAUCACCCUUAUAAGCCACCAAUCAGAUUCCUCGCCUCGCCAAUUGUCAUCCUGUAAAGAAAAUGAAGAGAAAUGAGAAUAGAUGAAAAUCGAAACAGAAGAGAAAAAAAAAUUAAAAUAAAUACAAAAAAAAAAAAAACUCGUCAUUUUUAUUCGUUUCAAAAAUUUGCUCGUUAAGUUUUUUUUUUUUUUUUUUGAGAAUAAAAAGUUACAAUUAUGAUUUUUUUUCAUGAUUUACUUGAUUUUUCUUCUAGUUUUUAAUAAUUUAUUCAUUCAUUUAUCACUUUUUUUUCUUUCUUUCGUGCACCCAUCAAGUAAUCUCCAUUUUAUUCAUUUAUUACUGUUGUUACUAAAUACUGAAUGAAAAUUAUUUAUACGUAAUGUUCUCUCAUCAUUCACUUAGCAUUCUCUCUCUCUCUCUCUCUCUCUCUCUCUCUCUCUCUCUCUCUCUCUCUCUCUCUCUCUCUCUCUCUCUCUCUCUCUCUCUCUCAAU